GGGCAAACCAAAAUUAGCUAAACAUUUACUGCCGAAAAAUAUUUUUUGCAUUCAGUACGUAAGACGUUAUCUCCCGAGGACCAUGGAGAAUGUUGCAGUUCUCCGUCAUUCAUUUGGUAUCAGGGAAAUGGACGGAGGUUUUCUGGGAUAACCUUGACGGAAUACAUUCGGUGAGUCUUUCCUCUGCUUUUGCCGCGCAUUCCAUGAGUGUACAUAACUUGUAUUAGGGCCCCCUCCUUCUACUCCUCCUCCUCUUCCUCCUCCACCACCACCUCCUUCUCCUCCUCCUUCUCCUCUUCUCAUCAUCAUCAUCAUCAUCAUCAUCAUCAUCAUCAUCAUCAUCAUCAUCAUCAUCAUCAUCAUCAUCAUCAUCAUCAUCAGCAGCAGCAGCAGCAGCAGCAGCAGCAGCAGCAGCAGCAGCAUCAAUACGCACCGGGAGUGGGGGGUCAAAUCAAGGAAAUCUGCAAACACGAGUGA